AUGACUUUUCAGUUCUUCAUCCUUUUCACUAUCUUGUUCCUGUCUCUCAGCUUGGUUGCUCAGCCUCUCAAAGAUUCUCAUGCUCUUGCGGUUACUAAGGCCAUACGGAAUGGUCACGCGUUGUUUGGGAUGCCACAUAAAUAUUUCACCAUUCCACACCCAACCCACCAGAGUAUGGAAAUGGUGUUCACCGGUGGGUUGGUGGUGAAGGGGGCAAAAAGAAAGAAAGAGAAAGAGGGAAAUUCUAGAAUCGAGAAUCCCGAAUCAGUAACACCCUUCGUAGUUUGCACUUCACCCUUCCUUCAUCUCGUCCUCAUCGGCUCACCCCUUCGUCCUGUCGGAUUCAACUCUGUGACCGUCCGCUCGUCCGUUUUCUGUGCUCGACCUCUUCUGCUCUCCGGCGCCUCACGGCCCUCAGCUAUUCUCCGGUGUGGCUCUACUGUUCUCUACUCCGCCUCCUCCAUAUACAACGCUAAAUCGCUAGAAUCGGCUGCUUCGUCCGCGGAAACAACGUUUUCUUCCAGCCACUUUUCGUUUUGUACCACCAUUAACGAGGUAACAUCAGUAAGCAUUUCGGAUUUCAUGAGUCACAUCUCCAAUCUCGAAGUCUCGAAUUCAUUGUCACGGUUGCUCACAUCGUGGCUGUUCUAUACUUGCAUCGCACAACACGAAAUCAAUAUCGAAUUGCCACCAAAUCUUUAUGUACCUCAAGUCAUCCUAUUCUUGAAUCCACCAGUCUUAAACACCGGUUCAAAAACUGGCAAGAAGAAAGAAAGAAACCUCUCCACUUGUUGGAAAAACAUCAAAGAAAAGGAAGCACUUGAAAGGUACAAAAAUAUAACCGGGAAUACCAAUUCCGUUUUCUUUCCUGAUUUCCAUGUUAGCCGGGAUUUGAAUUCCGAUGGGGACCGGAAUCGGAAUUGGCUUGCAGCAUCUCCUGACGGGGUAAUCGACAAGAUGGUUUAUGGGUUGCCUUGCCGAGGGGUGUUAGAAAUAAAAUGCCCAUUUUAUAAAGGUAAUAUGAGAAAAGGUUUCCCAUGGUCACAAGUUCCAUACAAUUAUAUUCCACAAGCUCAAGGAUUGAUGGAGAUUUUGGACCGUGAUUGGAUGGAUUUUUAUGUGUGGACUCCAAAAGGGAGUAGUUUAAUUAGGAUAGAUAGAGAUUUAGAAUAUUGGAAUGUGUUACAGAUGGCAUUAUCGGAUUUUUGGUGGGGUCAUGUCGAGCCUGCUAGAGAGAUUUAUAGUAAUUAUGAUUAUGAUGUGAAAGAUCCUUUGAUUGAGUUGAAAAGCUUAUGCCCAGAGCCUAAGCAUGAAUUAUAUAGUUAUAUUGUUGAAGAAAGUAAACGUGUUGUUGGGAACUCUAGAUUGUUGAUGCGUGAAAUUAAUGGAAUACGUAUAGACUGA